AUGUCACUCAACAUUAUUGACGCGUUCAAAGCAACACUUUCCGCUGAUAAAUCGGUGCGGGACCAAGGCGAUGCCGUUUUGUCGGCGUUAGUGAAAACCCCACAAUACCUCCCACAAGUCCUUCAGCUUUCUUUGGUUCAAUCCGGACAACCAUCUGAUCUCAGAAAAGCAGCGUUGUUGUGUUUUGGUCGUACAAUCAAUCAAAUAGAAGAUAUCAAAGUGUGUGGACAAGACGUUUUAGUUCAGUUGAUGACACUUUUAUUAAACAUUUCGAAGACGGAGACCGACUUUGCAGUGAAAGGGUCAGUGUCUGCUGCUCUUUCCAAUUACGCACAAGUCCUUGAAGAAUGUGAUGUGCCAUGGACGACAUACUUUUCUUCCAUGUUAGAAUUACUCCAGAUGCCCAACCUCAUUCAGCAAAUGAUUGCACUCGAAUCUUUAAGUGCUUCAGUCACUUUUAAAGGCGCAGAGGUAUUGACGGAUUUAGAGCCACAAAUUGUGAACUAUUUAAAGACUGUGAUGAUCUCCCCGAACAUCGAAAUGCGAAUGAGUGCCAUCCAGUUCUUGUCAAAGGUAGUCAUGUUUUUCGAGAUCACCCCACAACAAGGCGCGAUGUGCAAGGCCCUUUAUUCUGCAGUUAAAGACACACUUCUUGCCCUAAUCGAAGCAAAAAAUUUCAACAAAUUUGAAGAUUACGCGUGUUACACCGUCGAGUUGAUUGACGCAUCUGAGUAUAUUUUUGUUGGUGACGAGAUCAACUUGUCGUCAUUGAUGUACCAAUUUGCGUUAAAUUGUGAUAUCAAAGAUUCUCAACAACGUGCCUUUGAUAUCAUUGUAUCUUUCAUUGAGAAGAAUCCACGUCUGUUUAAGAAGAAUCCAGCCGUGUUGAAUCAGAUUAUGGUAAAAAUGUUAGAAUUAAUGAGUCUGAUUGACAACGACUCUGCUCAAAUGUUAUUAGAAGACGAAGAGCCUGAAGAAACAGAGAAUUGGUCAUACGCAGAGGAAGCUCUUCUCCGUAUAGUAGAGGCUGUUGGUGGUAGUCCAAUUAAAGAAGUAUUAUUUGGGAUUACUCUUCAGUACUUGAACUCGACCGAAUGGAACAAACGGUAUUCUGCAUUAGUAGCGUUGUCUUUAUGUGUAGCUCCCGGUAAAUAUAUCUUCAAGAAUACAUUAAGUGACUUAAUGAAAAUCAUCAUUGUCUUCAUUGAGGAUAAGAACGCUUUAGUACUCUACGCACUUCUUGACUUGUUGGAAGAACUCAUCUCCGUCUUCCCAAAGAUGUGCAGAAGACGACACUUUGACGAAUUGAUGAAAGUUGCGUUGGCCUCGUUAUACACUUCAUCAGCUCGUUUACAAGAGAAGGCGUGUUAUGUGAUGAAUCAGCUGUUUGAAGAAGACUCGACUGUGUCUCAGAAAUUACUUCCAUAUUUGCCACAAUUGAUGGAGGGAAUAUUCAAGGCAUUACAAACAGGCGAUUUGAACUCAUGCACCGGGUCACUCUCAAUGAUUGUAUUCACUGCUCGUAUUCUUCCAAAAGCAAUAGAAGCGUACUAUCCACAAUUAAAGACUGUUCUUGACGUCUUGAUGCCACGGUGUAACACUCCAGAGACUAAAGAACACUUGGCCAAGAUGAUUGAGAUCAAAAGCGUCUUUACUUUAAUCAACAACAGCUACUUCCCAGAGUCUCGUGAUUUGGUAUUAAAGACUUUUGGCGAGUUGUGUAACUCACCGGAAAUCUUUUCGCCGAUGAUGGUGUACAUCUUGAGUGCUAUCGACAGAUUUUGUGAAGCUCGAGACCAAUUGUUCAUGCAAUACUUAGGGCCUGUUAUUACUCUCAUGUUAAAGCGUUUAUUAUUGAAAGAAGGUGGAGAAGUUGUUGAUAUCGUCGAAGCUGAAAUCUCAUCGACCACGACGUUGACUGAAGAGAAGCAAUUUAUGAUGGGAAGUUUAUUCAAAAUCGCGAAUUCUGUGAAAGAGAACUUUGGCCCUUAUGUCCAAGACACGUUGAAUGUUGUUCUUCCCAUGGUGAAUGGUGUUGCGACGCAACUGAGAGAUAUAGCUGCGCAUAUCAUACCAACUAUCUUAGAAGACGCCAUUUUAAUGAUCAAGGCAAAGGGAGUAUCGGAUCCACAACAGAUUUUGGGACAAAUAUCUGGGCUUUAUUAUGGGAUAGUUGACCAUUUGUGUGGAUGCCUGAAAACAGAGAAGUUCUCUGAUAACAUCAGGUCGUUCUUAGUCUGUUUGAAGAUGAUUAUUUGCCUUGUUGGAACCGAUUCAUUGCAACCGGAACGGAUUGGAAAUGUCUUUGAAUCAAUGGAUUGCUCUCUUAAAAACAUUUUGGAGUCUCCAGAAGAAGAAGAUAUUGAAUACGGCAAGGCGGAAGACCAAGAAAACUUGGACGAUGAAGAAUUUGAAAAGAUCCAAGACAACAAUGAAAUGGAAGACGACUGGCUUUCAUUGAUUCUUGACAUCACAUCGAACAUCUGUAGACUGCACCCAACUCGGUUCUUUGACCCCUUCAAAUUCAAAUUGUUCCCACGAGUCAUGACAUACUUAAAUCAAACAAAAGAGACUGAAAAACUUUCAUUUGCUAUUGCUAUUAUUGGCAGUGUUAUUAUUGAUGGAAAAAUCUACGACUUUGUCCCACAAAUUGCCGAGCAGUUCAUCACUUUUGGGGUCAACAAAGACAUUGAUGUUGCACAAAACGCUAUCUUCUUUUUGGGACAGUUUGCACAUGCACAGAUCCCACAAUUUGUCCCAUAUAUUCCAAAGGUCUUGCAAUUUGUCGGGUCGAUGCUUCAAAGAAAGAAGUCGCGAGUGUUGGCAGAGUUGACAGAUCAAGUCAUUAUGUGUGUCAUGCAUAUCGUUGCUAAUUAUUACCAAAGCAUUCCAAACUAUGCGGUGAUUCUCCAACAAGUCAUUACACUGUUCCCAGCCAAAGGGUCUUUCGAUGAGAUCACAACACUCUUGGUCGAUUUGCAUGCCAAAAACUUGUUGUCUGUUAUGGUUGGUGGAACUGCAGAGAAUGUGUAUAAACUUGUUCUCUACUUUGCAAGAGCACUUGAGAACGAAGGAACAGAAGAUGACACUAAAAAGCGAAUAGCGCAGUUGAUCCAGGCAAUGUCUUCAUUUGUGCAGAAUGAUGUCAUUAACCAAGUCUGGGCUAAACUCACACUUGAACAAAGAGGUGACUUGGACUCUCUUUUCCAUUAA